AUGGUAACAGUAAUUCAGAAAAUAAAUAACAAUACAGUAGCAUAUGAUCCAAUGAGCACUCUCAAAAUUUCAAUCAAUGGUGGGAAGGACAGCUGUUAUAAUAUGAUGCAGUGUGUUGCUGCUGGGCAUCAGGUUGUUGCUCUAGCCAAUUUAAGACCUGCUGAAAACACAGGGCAGACUGAUGAAUUGGACAGCUAUAUGUACCAGACAGUAGGACACCAUGCCAUUGACCUAUAUGCUGAUGCAUUGGAUUUGCCACUCUACCGUGGUUUCAUAAAAGGUACUAGUGUAAAUACUGGAAGAGUGUAUACCACGUGUCAGGAGGAUGAGGUUGAAGACCUUUACAACCUCAUGAAACUUGUUAAGGACAAAGAAGGAGUGGAGGGUGUAUCUGUGGGAGCCAUUCUUUCUGACUACCAGAGAGUUCGAGUUGAAGAUGUAUGCAGAAGGCUUAAUCUUCAGCCUUUAGCUUACCUUUGGCGUCGGAACCAGGAGAUAUUGCUUAAAGAAAUGAUAUCAUCUAACAUUCAAGCCAUAAUCAUAAAAGUGGCAGCUUUUG